GAGGGGCGGGCCCAGCGAGCGGACGCGGGUUGCGGCGGCGCGCGGAGAAGUGCGGCGGAGCGGCCCCUGCCUUAGCAGGUAUGCAAAGAAGCCUUUUCACCCAGAUGUCCUUAGAGAUAACAUGGAUCAGUCUAGCGUUCUCCUCUGGGUGAAAGCAGAACCCUUUAUAGUGGGUGCCUUGCAGGUCCCCCCUCCAUCCAAGUUUAGUCUUCACUAUCUCAGGAAGAUAUCCACCUAUGUGCAAAUCCGCGCCACAGAAGGAGCUUACCCGCGCCUCUACUGGUCUACAUGGAGGCACAUCGCUUGUGGGAAGCUGCAGUUGGCCAAGGACCUGGCGUGGCUUUACUUCGAAAUAUUUGAUAGUCUUUCAGUGAAGACACCUGAGGAGCGCCUGGAAUGGUCUGAGGUUCUGUCCAACUGCCUGUCUGAGGAGGAAGUUGAAAAGCAGAGAAAUCAGCUUUCAGUGGACACCCUACAGUUUCUGCUCUUCUUAUACAUUCAACAGUUGAACAAAGUCUCCCUAAGGACAUCUUUGAUUGGUGAAGAGUGGCCUAGUCCCAGAAGCAGAUCUCAGUCUCCUGACCUGACUGAAAAAUCUAAUUGUCAUAAUAAGAACUGGAAUGAUUACAGUCACCAAGCUUUUGUCUAUGAUCAUCUGUCUGAUCUCCUCGAGCUGCUUUUAGAUCCAGAACAACUCACUGCAUCAUUUCAUUCAACCCAUAGUAGUCUAGUGUCUCGAGAAGCUGUUGUGGCACUCAGCUUCCUUAUUGAAGGUACAAUAAGUAGAGCCAGGAAGGUCUAUCCACUUCAUGAACUUGCACUGUGGCAACCACUGCAUGCAGAUAGUGGCUUCUCAAAGAUCUCUAAGACUUUCUCUUUCUACAAACUGGAAACCUGGUUGAGGUCCUGUUUGACUGGGAAUCCAUUUGGUACAUCAGCUUGCCUCAAGUCUGGAAAGAAAUUGGCUUGGGCUCAUCAAGUUGAAGGGACGACCAAAAGAGCUAAGAUUGCUUGUAAUACUCAUGUGGCCCCUAGGAUGCACCGACUGGUGGUGAUGAGCCAGGUUUACAAGCAGACACUGGCUAAGAGCUCAGAUACUCUGGUGGGGGCACAUGUAAAGAUUCAUCGUUGCAACGAAUCUUUUAUAUAUCUGCUCUCUCCCUUACGAUCUGUGACAAUUGAGAAGUGCAGGAAUAGCAUCUUUGUCUUGGGCCCUGUAGGGACUAUACUUCACCUCCACAGUUGUGACAAUGUUAAGGUCAUUGCUGUUUGCCAUCGUUUGUCCAUCUCUUCUACAAUAGGUUGCAUCUUUCACAUUCUGACGCCUACGCGCCCACUUAUUCUCUCUGGGAACCAGACAGUAACUUUUGCCCCUUUUCAUACCCAUUACCCAAUGCUAGAGGACCAUAUGGCCAGGACUGGCCUUGCUACAGUGCCUAACUAUUGGGAUAAUCCAAUGGUUGUGUGCAGAGAGAACAGCGACACAAGUGUCUUCCGACUUUUACCACCUUGUGAAUUCUAUGUAUUUAUUAUUCCCUUUGAAAUGGAAGGGGACACAACAGAGAUACCUGGGGGUCUUCCAUCUGUAUAUCAGAAAGCACUGGGUCAAAGAGAACAGAAGAUACAGAUCUGGCAGAAAACUGUGAAGGAGGCUCAUUUGACAAAGGAUCAAAGGAAGCAGUUCCAGGUACUGGUAGAGAACAAGUUUUAUGAAUGGUUGAUUAAUACAGGACAUCGCCAACAGCUGGAUAGCCUUGUACCCCCUGCAGCAGGCUCCAAACAAGCGGCUGGAUAAGGAUCUUACAUGCAAACACUGGGCCCUGGAAAUACAAGGAUAAAUGGAGGAUGGUGCUCAUCUUGAAACUAAAUUGGGAAGGUGCUCUUGCUGCUUAAGAGACAUUGGGACUUUUCUGUCCUUUUUUUUUUUUCUUUUUUUCAGAUAGUCUCACUCUGUCGCCCAGCCUGGAGUGCAGUGGCGCAAUCUCCGCUUACUGUAAGCUCCGCCUCCCGGGUUCAGGCCAUUCUCCUGCCUCAGCUUCCUGAGUAGCUGGGACUACAGGCGCCCGCCACCACACUCGGCUAAUUUUUUUUGUAUUUUUAGUAGCGACUAGGUUUCACCGUGUUAGCCAGGAUGGUCUCGAUUUCCUGACCUCGUGAUCCACCCGCCUCAGCCUCCCAAAGUGUUGGGAUUACAGGCGUGAGCCACCACACCCAGCCUUCUGUCCUACUUAAGAACUUUGAUUUCCAUUCCAUAUUCAUUUAUUACUGUGUAGGCUGAAUUUUCGCUAAACUUCUGACUUUUAUAUAAACGUAUUGUUUAUAGAACAUCAGAAGACUCAUCUUUGUGAUGCCCAAAUGAAAAAGUUGGUGAAGGUAGUACCAUUGUAUGUAUGUUAAUAUUAAAGCAACUGAGUGUAGAUUUGCAACUAUAGUAUGUAUCUUCAUUUGUGUGAUGAAAGAAUUUUAUUCUUUCUAGAGUUAAAUAAGAGUUUUAUAGUUCUUUGUAACUAUUUAAAAGGAAAUUGCUACUCCUUUUAAAAAAUAAUUGGAAAGAAAGUAUGAUUUGUUGGUAUAUAGAUAUAGCAGAAAUAGUUUUAUACUAUAUUUUAGUCCUUAAAGUAUGGAACUUAAUGAAAUUGUGUAAAAAAAUCUUUAUUUUUCACGUCCUGCUUCAAAUUUUCAAUAAACAAACUCUGAAGAA